CUUUUUGAAUGUAUAUAUAAAUCCUACUUUGGUAUCUCAGUAUCUCACCGUGUUCAGAUUUCAGAGUUUAUUCAGCAAGUCGGGAAAACGUCAUCUAUCUUGUUUACGCGGUGAACGCUCGAAGAACAACAGUAGAGCACCUACUCUUAUCUGAGUCUCAGUUCUCUUCGAGCUUCUCUUGUUACCGUGAAAGUGUGCACAGAAUCCCGGAAAGAAAAAAAAAUGAGGGCUGCAGUUGUUUCUCAAUAUCACUACCCACUCAAUGGGCGUGCCACCAGCUUCGCAGUGAACACAUCCACUUCCAGAAGAAGAAGCGGUGCCUUCACUGUGCGGAUGGGUCUCAAGGAAGACGGCCCAUCACUGGCCAUUGUCGGCGUCACAGGCGCCGUCGGCCAAGAGUUCCUGCAAGUCCUCUCCGACCGAGAUUUCCCUUACCGAAACAUUCGCAUGCUUGCCAGCAAGCGCUCAGCCGGAAAGAAGCUGACUUUUGAGGACAAAGAUUAUGUCAUUGAAGAGCUAACUGAAGACAGCUUCAAUGGCAUUGAUAUUGCUCUCUUCAGUGCUGGAGGUUCCAUUAGUAAAAAGUUUGGACCAAUUGCAGUUGAUAGUGGCUCCAUUGUCGUCGAUAACAGCUCUGCAUUUAGGAUGGAUGAGAGGGUCCCACUUGUCAUUCCGGAGGUGAACCCGGAUGCAAUGGCUCAUAUUAAGCUUGGGUCUGGAAAGGGAGCUCUGAUUUCUAAUCCUAAUUGUUCUACUAUUAUAUGUUUGAUGGCUGCCACGCCUCUACAUCACCAUGCAAAGGUAAUUCGAAUGGUCGUGAGCACAUAUCAGGCAGCUAGUGGUGCUGGUGCUGCUGCAAUGGAAGAGCUUGAACUGCAGACACGUGAGGUUCUGGAGGGAAAAAGGCCAACUUGUAAUAUUUUUAAGCAACAGUAUGCUUUUAAUUUGUUCUCACACAAUGCACCCAUCCUCUCAAAUGGGUAUAAUGAAGAGGAAAUGAAAAUGGUGAAGGAGACCAGGAAAAUUUGGAAUGAUCCGAAUGUCAAGGUGACUGCCACUUGUAUUCGAGUCCCUGUGAUGCGUGCACAUGCUGAAAGCAUUAAUUUACAAUUUGAGAAGCCACUUGAUGAGGACACUGCAAGGGAUAUUCUGAAGAGAGCUGCAGGUGUGGUGAUUGUUGAUGAUCGAGCUUCUAAUCAUUUCCCUACCCCAUUGGAGGUGUCAAACAAAGAUGAUGUUGCAGUUGGCAGGAUACGCCAAGAUCUGUCUCAAGAUGGAAAUUAUGGGUUGGAUAUCUUUGUUUGCGGUGAUCAGGUACGCAAGGGAGCUGCUCUUAAUGCAGUACAGAUUGCAGAGAUGUUGCUGUAGUUGCAGUUGAUUCUAGUAAAUGAAUCUCAAUUAGAGAUGCGUUCGUUUCUUGGAUUUAUGUUCACUAUUAUGGUAAGGCGAAACAAUUUUGAGUGGUUUAUGAUGAUGUAUCACUGUGAACAAUGAUAGUGAUUCAUGUAUUAAUGGACCGAAUGUGCUGUCUGGAAAGAACCAUUAGAAAAAUUUUGCUAUCCAUGAACAUGGCUUAAUUUCCACACCAUCAGAGGUGAAUGCAUUUCGAUUUUAAUU